CAUCACGUUGCCUCUCUCCGCGCGUACACCAAGCCAUCCUGCAUAUGUCGGCAAUUUCAUGAUGCGAUCGUGACUAUAACGUCAUUUACUGAGAAUUGUCGGUUGAAUUUCAAAAUGAAUGACGAUAAUAACGAUUUCAACCAGAAUUUGGGUAAUAACCAGUGUUCAAAUGAGCACAUUGAAAAUAUUUUUGAUAUUGAUGAGGAGACAUUCAACGAACUACCGCGUCUCAGCUAUCCGCCGAACUAUCAAACAUUGCAGGUGAAUCGUGAUAUUUUGUUACCGAUCACUGGAGACUUAUUGCCGUUACCAUCUGAGACGCCCAGGCAUGGCACAAAUAUCAAUAACCAUCCGUUUAAUGGUCAACAAUAUUGGCGACCAUACAAUGGACAACGACAGCCGCAACAUACACCACAGCAGCUGCUACUCGCGGAACUACGUCAAAUGUCCUUAGGGCCCUUAGGUGUAACACGUCGUGUAACACACAAUAUGUCGACGCCGAGAUUGGCGCAGCCUCCGUCAGUGCAUUUCCUGUUAGAUGGUGUCAACAAUUCCACUGUUACCAAUUUUCGUUAUCGUCCGUUUGGUCAAAGAGGACGGAUUUGUACUAUUUAUCCAUACUAUAGCGCUAACCACUUCAAUAACCAUCCAAUCCACGCCGCCCGCUCGAUGCCAAUACGGACUCAACCAUAUUCAUUCAAUAUCACGGAAUACAUGAAUUAUUACGAACAACAGCGACUGAUGAACACGGUGGCAAGUUCACUGUAUAGUGACAACAAACGGUCCGGACCACGUUGAUCAAAUAUAGGAGGUACAUGAUAGCUAUUGCAAUCUGAUAUAAAUUUAGAAAUUAUAAUUACAUUCAUAUUUUUAUUUACAUGAUGAUAGAACAUUUAUUAGAGUGUUGUUUAGAGUUUUAUAACAUAUGUUAAGUAUAUUACUAUUUUUUUAUUUU